GGUGCUUCUUGCCGUUCAUCGCAUUCAGGUUCGAUAAUUUCACCUUUCUUCUCAUCUUAUCAUGUAGCCAUCAUCGUGUUCUUGCAAUUGUUCUGCCUCUUGUUUCUUUUGUAAAGUUUUACAACUUGAAUGCCAUUGGUUUGUAGCAUAUCUUGCCGUUCUGGUAUUUUUGUUAUGUUUUCUUCAGUGUGUUCUAUUUUUGCAGUAUUUUAAAAUUUUCCGUCAAAAUGUUGAUAAAGUUUCCUUGGAAAAACUUGAACUUUCUUAUUUAAUUAUCUUUGAUAUAUUUACCAGAAUCUUUAUUUGGUUCUGAGUGGCUACAACUUAUAGGAAGCUGGAAAUUUGAUUGCUAUAGUGAUUUGUUUUUUCGUGCUUUACGAAUGAUGAGUGAUUAAAGUUUCUGUUACUUGAUCUUGUAUGUAUUGGUGUUUUGGAUGCUUGCAGGAGUCGUAUUGUGAAGUAUGGGUGAGAGUGGGAGGCGUCAGCGAAAUAAAAGGGAGAGGGACGGGGGCAGUGGGGAUAACAAGAACCAGAGAAGAAGAGGAAACGAGAGAGAUGAUAGAAGCAAUAAUAACAGGGAUAAUGCUGAAUUGGUUGUUUAUAGGAUACUAUGCCCAGAUGGGUUUAUUGGGAGCGUGAUUGGGAAGAGUGGGAAGGUCAUAAAUUCAAUAAGACAAGAUAGUCGGGCAAAGAUAAAGAUAGUGGAUCCAUUUCCGGGUUCGAAGAACAGGGUUAUAACAAUCUAUUGUUAUGUCAAGGAGAAAGAGGAUAUUGAGCCUGAUGAGGAGUUUGGUGAUUUUGAACCUGUCUGUGCUGCCCAGGAUGCGCUUUUGAAGGUGCAUAAUGCAAUUGCAAAUGUGGUGGGAUCAGCUGGUGAUUCAGAUAAGAAGUGGAAAGAUAAGGAAGAGUGCCAAAUUCUAGUUCCAUCUAGUCAGUCUGCGAAUAUUAUUGGGAAGGCUGGGGCAACUAUAAAGAAACUGAGAAGCAAGACAAGGGCAAACAUUAAAGUUACUCCAAAAGAUGUUGGUGAUCCCGCUCAUUCGUGUGCUAUGGACUUUGACAACUUUGUUCAGAUAACUGGUGAACCAGAGGCGGUGAAAAAAGCACUGUUUGCAGUUUCUUCAAUUAUGUACAAGUUUGCUCCAAAGGAAGAUAUUCCUCUUGAAACAUCGGUUCCUGAAGCUCCUCCAAGUAUCAUUAUACCUUCUGAUGUACCUAUCUAUCCUGCUGCUGGUCUAUACCCGAGUGUAGAUUCGUACGUGCCCUCGAGGUCUCUUCCUUCUGUUCUAGGUGCUUCACAUGUACCAGAACUUCAAGGAUAUGCAGAUACAGGGAACACAUGGCCAAUUUACUCUUCGGCUCUCCCUGUGGUUUCUGGAUAUGCUGGUGCAUCUCUAUCAGGGGAAUUAAUUAUAAGGGUCCUAUGCCCAUUUAACAAGAUUGGGCGUGUUAUCGGAAGGGGUGGGGCUUCUAUUAGAAGUGUCAGAGAAGCUAGUGGUGCUCGUGUUGAUGUUGAUGAUACCAGGCGUGAUGAAUGCAUUAUAACAAUUUCAGCAACAGAGUCAUUGGAUGAUAUAAAAUCAAUGGCCGUCGAAGCAGUUCUAUUACUUCAAGGAAAGAUAAAUGAGGAAGAUGAGGAAAAUGUUUCGAUAAGGCUUCUUGUGCCUUCUAAAGUUAUUGGGUGCAUUAUUGGUAAAAGUGGUUCGAUCAUAAACGAAAUUCGUAAGAGAACUAAAGCAGACGUUCGUAUAUCAAAAGGUGACAAGCCCAAAUGUGCAGAUGCCAAUGAUGAACUUGUUGAGGUCAUUGGAGAAGUUGGCAGUGUGAGGGAUGCACUUGUUCAGAUAGUACUCCGACUUCGAGAUGAUGUCCUGAAAGAUAGGGAUAGCAGUGGCAAUCCAUCUUCAGGAAAUGAUUCCAUGUAUGCUGGUGGCAGUGGUCUUCAAGUGCCUUCAGUCUUGCCUAGUGUUUCGUCAGUUGCUCCUUUGGGUUAUGAACAUAGAGCUGAAUCUGGGAGCAGCUUGGGUUUGCUUUCUUCAAACUACGGUUAUGGUUCACUGCCGAUGAGUGACAAUGGCUAUGGAUCUUUGUCUUCAUAUUCGUCAAAGCUCUAUGGAGGAUUACCUCCAUCUGCUUCUGAGAUGUUGAUCCCUGCUCAUGCGGUGGGUAAAGUGAUGGGUAAAGGUGGAGCCAAUGUAGACAAUAUUCGUAAGAUAUCUGGAGCUGCUGUAGAGAUAUCUGAUUCCAAAUCAUUCCGAGGUGAUCGAGUGGCUCUGAUAUCGGGGACACCUGAGCAAAAGCGUGCAGCUGAAAACUUGAUCCAGGCUUUCAUAAUGGCCACAUAAUCUGUGAGGAUAUAUAUUAAGAAGGUGAAUUUUGGUUUAAAAUCCUGGGACCUCCUUCAGAUGUUGGCCUCAUUAGCGUCGUUAGGUUUUUUUACUCAAGAAAUGGAUCUCAUUCUCUUCGGUUCUUUCUACUGGAAUUUUCUUUUCUUCCUAAGUAUUAUAAAGAUCAUCCAGGAAGAUUCAUCACUGGCUGCAUGCAAGGUCCUGCCAAGAUUCAUCUUAGGCUCUAUCCAGCGGCACUCGUCUUAAAACUUUAAUAGGAUCUUUUCUUUCAUCCCAUACUCUUUUAAUAACUCUUGUUCUCGGUUGUGCGGAUUCUAUCUUAUCCAUAUAUUAUUAUGCUUCAUGAAA